GUUAAGUGGUGUAUUGAGCGGGCGGAGAGUGGACCGGGGCGUGGAAGAGAACACCCUCUAUCAAUCUGACCCUUCUCUUCCGAGUUGUUUCGCCUAGUGACAGGGAGUGGGGUUCAGGACAGGUAUUGGCACCGCCACCUCUUCCUGCCGGACAGGAUGCCCACUAACUUCACUGUGGUUCCUGUAGAGCAGCAGGACGGCGCUGCGGAGACUGAGUACGGGGCAGCCGGACAAGAGGAGGCUCUCGGCAGCAGACAGGGGAGUCACAGUGAGGAGUCUUUGUUGGGAGACGGAAAUCCCCGAGAAAAUAGUCCCUUCAUUCAUAAUGAAGCUGAAAAAGACAACUUCUACGAUGGAAAGAACAUGGCUCUUUUUGAGGAAGAAAUGGAUAGCAAUCCAAUGGUGUCUUCCUUACUGAACAAGCUUGCAAAUUACACAAACUUACCACAGGGCGUCAAAGAACAUGAAGAGUAUGAAGAUCGUAAAAGAAAGGAAACCAAGGAGACACGAAUGGGAACCUUCAUUGGAGUAUACUUGCCAUGUUUACAAAACAUACUUGGCGUAAUACUUUUUCUACGACUUACCUGGAUUGUAGGAACAGCUGGAGUACUUGAAUCUUUUUGCAUUGUUCUUAUGUGCUGUUUAUGUACAAUGUUAACUGCUAUAUCUAUGAGUGCAAUUGCAACCAAUGGAGUUGUACCAGCUGGUGGAUCAUAUUAUAUGAUUUCAAGAUCUUUAGGUCCAGAAUUUGGAGGAGCUGUAGGUCUUUGCUUUUAUUUGGGUACAACUUUUGCUGGAGCUAUGUACAUUCUUGGAACAAUUGAAAUUCUCUUAACUUAUAUAUCGCCAAAUGCUGCCAUAUUCCUAAUAGAAAAAGAUAAUCCUCAAGCCAUGUUUAACAACAUGAGAGUUUAUGGGACAUGCAUAAUUGCCAUAAUGGCUAUUGUAGUAUUUGUUGGUGUUAAAUAUGUAAACAAACUUGCGUUAGUAUUUCUCGCCUGUGUAAUUCUGUCCAUUAUGGCCAUAUAUGCUGGAGUAAUCAAAUCUGCAUUUGAUCCACCAGAUUUCCCCAUUUGCCUUCUAGGAAAUCGUGUAUUAGCAGCACGAAAUAUUAAUGUUUGUGCCAAAAACAUUUCCAAUGAUACAAUUAAUGAUGUCCUCUGGAAUAAAUUUUGUACAUCUGGAAAUCACAGUCCAACCUGUGACAGCUAUUUUAUGACAAACGAUGUAACUGAAAUACAAGGAAUUCCUGGAAUUGCUAGCGGUGUUCUACUUGAUAAUCUUUGGAGUGCCUAUAGUCCGAAAGAUUCAAUAAUCGAGAGAAACCAAACAUCAGCCGCUUCAGGAGAAAGUCAGAAAGCAUACAAUCAAAAUUAUGUCUUGACAGACAUUAUGACUUAUUUCACAAUGCUGGUUGGAAUUUACUUUCCCUCAGUGACAGGUAUCAUGGCUGGUUCUAAUCGUUCUGGGGAUUUGAAGGAUGCUCAGAAAUCUAUCCCUUCUGGAACAAUAUUGGCCAUUGCAACCACAUCUUUUAUAUAUUUGUCUUGUGUAGUACUAUUUGGUGCAUGUAUCGAAGGUUCACUUCUACGUGACAAAUUUGGUGAAUCCGUUAAUGGCCAGCUUGUGAUUGGUACUUUGGCUUGGCCAUCUCCUUGGGUAAUUGUUAUUGGUUCUUUUUUCUCUACUUGUGGUGCUGGACUCCAGAGUUUGACAGGAGCACCUCGUCUUCUACAAGCCAUUGCAAGAGAUGGAAUCGUGCCUUUCCUUCAGGUGUUUGGUCAUGGAAAAGCAAAUGGAGAACCAACAUGGGCUCUGUUACUGACAGCGGGCAUUUGUGAAAUUGGUAUCCUCAUUGCUUCUUUGGAUAGUGUUGCACCAAUUUUGUCAAUGUUUUUCUUGAUGUGUUACAUGUUUGUCAACUUGGCUUGUGCUUUACAAACAUUGUUGCGAACUCCAAAUUGGAGACCACGGUUUAAGUUCUAUCACUGGACUCUUUCAUUUGUGGGAAUGAGCUUAUGCCUUGCUUUAAUGUUCAUUUGCUCUUGGUAUUAUGCAUUAGUUGCUAUGCUGAUUGCCGGAUGCAUUUAUAAGUACAUUGAAUAUAGAGGAGCUGAAAAAGAAUGGGGAGAUGGAAUACGAGGGCUGUCCUUAAAUGCGGCACGCUAUGCUUUACUUCGUGUUGAACAUGGGACAAUGCACACUAAGAAUUGGAGACCUCAGAUUUUGGUGUUGCUCAACCUGGAUUCAGAGCAGAAUGUAAAGCAUCCCAGGCUUCUUUCACUAACAACUCAGCUUAAGGCUGGAAAAGGACUGACCAUUGUGGGUUCUGUGCUGCAAGGAACAUUUCUGGAUAAACAUGUAGAAGCACAGAAAGGAGAAGAAAAUAUCCAAGCAUUAAUGACUGCUGAAAAGACCAAAGGAUUCUGUCAGCUAGUUGUUUCAUCAAAUCUACGUGAUGGCAUGUCGCAUUUGAUUCAGUCAGCUGGGCUUGGUGGCAUGAAACACAACACUGUUUUAAUGGCUUGGCCACAAAGAUGGAAACAGCCUAACAACCCUUACGGUUGGAAAAAUUUUGUUGAUACAGUACGAGAUGCUACAACAGCACAGCAAGCAUUACUUGUGGCAAAGAACAUUGAUUCAUUUCCUGCUAAACAAGAGCGCUUCAGUGAGGGAAAUAUUGAUAUUUGGUGGAUUGUUCAUGAUGGUGGAAUGCUAAUGCUGCUUCCUUUCUUACUACGCCAACAUAAAGUUUGGAGAAAAUGUAGACUGCGGAUAUUUACUGUUGCCCAAAUGGAUGAUAACAGUAUUCAGAUGAAAAAAGAUCUUCAGAUGUUCUUAUAUCAUCUACGUCUUGAUGCUGAGGUUGAAGUUGUUGAAAUGAUUGAAAAUGAUAUAUCUGCAUUUACAUAUGAGAAGACUUUGAUGAUGGAGCAAAGAUCUCAAAUGCUAAAGCAAAUGCAACUGUCUAAGAAUGAAAGAGAAAGAGAGGCACAGCUUAUCCAUGACAGGAAUACAGCAUCCCAUUCAGCGGUGGUGGACAAAUCAAGUGCUGCUACACCAGAAAAAGUUCAAAUGACAUGGACUAAAGAAAAACUUAAUGCUGAAAAACAUAAAAUUAAAGACCUUAAUGCAGCGGGCUAUAGGGACCUAUUUAAUAUGAAACCGGAAUGGGAGAGCCUAAACCAGUCGAAUGUUAGGAGAAUGCACACUGCUGUGAAGCUGAAUGAAGUGGUAGUUAAUCGAUCUCAGCAUGCUCAGCUGGUUUUACUGAAUAUGCCUGGACCACCUAAGAGUAAACAUGGAGAUGAAAACUAUAUGGAAUUUUUAGAGGUUUUGACAGAAGGUUUAAACAAAGUGCUUCUUGUACGUGGCGGUGGUAGAGAAGUGAUCACAAUUUACUCUUAAGUAUCCAAGAAGAAAUUAAAGCACACAAAAUACGAAAAACAAAAAGUGAAAGACUGCAAACAUUAUUUUUCUACAUACUUGAAAUAGUAUACCACAUUUUGGUAUAUUUUUGGUUUAAAUGUUCU